GCGGCCGCAGGGAGGGCGCGCCAGGGAGGAAGUCCAAGAGACAGAGAGAGAGAGACGAGCACUCCCGAAAGAAGACGACGAGGCUAGUCCCGGGGGUCCGGGCCGAGGUCCCGGUUGCAGGGCGCAGCCGUCGGGGGCUCCGGGGCCGCCUCCCUCUUCGCCUCGGCGGCUUUAGGAGGCGGUUGCGCCAGGAAGGCGCGGGCCCGGAGGCUCGGAAGAGGGAUGCGCGGGGCGUCGCCUCCGAGCCGCCGCCGCCGCCGCCGCCCGAAGCCCCGGAGGAGCUGAAGGAGGCGACGCUGAAGGAGGCGACACCGCCGCCACCGCCACCGCCACCGCCGCCGCCGCCGCCUCCGCCGCCGCCGCCGCCGAAGCGCUGGCCCGGAGUGGCCCCGGCUCGUGGGCCGACCCGGCUCCAGCGCCGCCACUCCCGCUCCGGGGUCCGCCCCCGAGGCCCGGCCUCGCUCCCGGUGCCCAGAUGAGCACCGAGGGCGGGCCCCCGCCGCCCCCGCCGCGCCCGCCGCCCGGCGCGCUCCAGGCCGCCCUGAUGAGCCCCCCGGCCGCCGCCACCCUGGACUCCACCACCUCGUCCUCCUCGUCGUCUUCGUCGUCUUCGUCGUCGUCCGCCUCCUGCGCCUCGUCCUCUUCCAACUCGGUCGGCGCCUCGUCGGGCGCCUGCAAGAGCUCGGCGGCGGCGGGCGGAGGAGGCGGCGGGGGCGCGGGCGGCGGCGCGAGCGGGGCCACCAAGAAGGCCACGUCGGGGCUGCGGCGGCCGGAGAAGCCGCCCUACUCGUACAUCGCGCUCAUCGUCAUGGCCAUCCAGAGCUCGCCCAGCAAGCGCCUGACGCUCAGCGAGAUCUACCAGUUCCUGCAGGCGCGCUUCCCCUUCUUCCGCGGCGCCUACCAGGGCUGGAAGAACUCGGUGCGCCACAACCUCUCGCUCAACGAGUGCUUCAUCAAGCUGCCCAAGGGCCUCGGGCGACCCGGCAAGGGCCACUACUGGACCAUCGACCCGGCCAGCGAGUUCAUGUUCGAGGAGGGCUCGUUCCGCCGGCGGCCUCGCGGCUUCAGGAGGAAGUGCCAGGCGCUCAAGCCCAUGUACCACCGGGUGGUGAGCGGCUUGGGCUUCGGGGCCUCGCUGCUGCCCCAGGGCUUCGACUUCCAGGCGCCCCCGUCGGCUCCCCUGGGGUGCCACGGCCAGGGAGGCUACGGUGGCCUCGACAUGAUGCCCGCGGGCUACGAUGCUGGGGCCGGCGCUCCGGGCCACGGGCACCCGCACCACCUCCACCAUCACCACGUCCCCCACAUGUCGCCCAACCCGGGCUCCACCUAUAUGGCCAGCUGCCCGGUGCCCGCAGGUCCGGCGGGCGUCGGGGCGGCUGCGGGUGGAGGAGGCGGCGGCGGCGGCGACUAUGGGCCGGACAGCAGCAGCAGCCCAGUGCCCUCCUCCCCGGCCAUGGCGAGCGCCAUCGAGUGUCACUCGCCCUACACCAGCCCCGCGGCGCACUGGAGCUCGCCCGGCGCCUCACCUUACCUCAAGCAGCCGCCCGCCCUGACGCCGAGCAGCAACCCCGCGGCUUCUGCGGGCCUGCACCCCAGCAUGUCUUCCUACUCGCUGGAGCAGAGCUACUUACACCAGAACGCCCGAGAGGAUCUCUCAGGACUGCCCCGUUAUCAGCACCACUCCACUCCGGUGUGCGACAGGAAAGAUUUCGUCCUUAAUUUCAACGGCAUUUCUUCCUUCCACCCCUCCGCUAGUGGCUCUUACUAUCACCACCACCACCAGACCGUGUGCCAAGAUAUUAAGCCCUGUGUUAUGUGAAUGGACGGAGGCCCUGGAGGCUGCUCUCCCUCUUCCGCCCUCUCCUCCUCUCCCCUCCGAGAGGGGGCCACUGGGAACUGCGACGGGACUCACUCACUGUACUGUGCACACACGGGUAGCAGUAAGUAGAGCGCCCAUGACUUAGACGAACGCCCAGGGGGAGCCCCCUGCCCUCCGAUGUUCGCCCACCAGUGGAAGAGGGAACCGUUGGCAAGGCAACAGCCCAGAAGUGGGACAGAGGAAGAUGACAGUGAAACAUUUUACUACAUAAACCUUUCAGCGCUAGGGUGGCCAUUGCCUUAACUAAUGGGGUCUGAAAAGGGAGUUGUGUGUGUGUGUGUGUGUGUGUGUGUUUCUUGGUGUGUGCUUUUCAAAAACAGGCAGUGCUAAAAGUACAGCAGUUGAAGAAAGCCUUGUCUAGUUGCCUGGCCCAGUAGGAGAUUUUUCCCCCCACCCCACCCCCACCACUCCCUUCGGAUACAGGUGCCAAAGAACAUUGUGAAGGAAUGAAGAAGGUGGCUCUCAGUAUUGUGACAAUACAACACUUUACAAGGUUGUUUUUCUACCACCAUAUUUUUUUAAAGUAUUUUUAUGAUCUUCGUAUACUCACACUUCGCUUGUAUUUUAAAAGGAGGGUAUAUUUGCACUUAUGUAUACUUUUACAGUUUGCCAGAAUAUUUUGAUGUAAGUUUUUUUUUUUCAAUAAAAUGUGUAUAAGAAAUAGCCGUUUUAGGGACCCUUUCGUCUGCAGUCACCCUGUCACGGCCACACCCUCCAGGCAAACAUUGGGACUCUGCACUGCCCACCCCCAAGUUGUGUAGCUGACAUGAGGUGAAGUCUCUGUUUUGAAUAAGCCAGUCCAGUCUUGAUGGUGGGUCUUCUCGGCGGCCGAGGGGACAUUUCUGAUACUUCUCUCUCUACUUCACUCUCACUUUCUCCAGCCAAACAAAAAAACAAAAAAACAGAACGUGAAAAGAACUCAAAAACAAAACACUAAAAAUAAAUAAAAUCAAAACAAAAGCCAUGGGUUUGAUCUGAGGAAGCCAAGUGGUGGGACUCCUUUGUUUCUUUUCCUGUGCCCGAGAGUUCUGCCCUUUUGCUCCUUCCUCUUUCCCACCAGGUGGGAGGUGUGAGGGCAGAGCAGUGCCCAUCCAUAGCCUCCAGCAUGGCAACCAGGCUGCUGUUUGCGCUGGGUGGUGGUCAGACCAAAGAGGCCUAUAGGCCCUCAGCAGGAUUUAAACUGGCACCCCCUCCUCCGGAGCUCCCACAAGCUUGCACAGCCUCUGCUGCUUCUCCUGCCAGGUUUCCCAAUCUUGAACGCUGCCCGCAGAACUGGCAGGACAUUAAAAUGAGAAAAUAGCCCAGUGAGGCAGAAGGAGCUAUUCCCCACGGAAUUAUUUCCCCCUUCGGUUGGGAGCACAGCAGUGUUCACUCUUAAUCAUGUUGUGGUAAUUUUCUCUUCAACUCCGGGCUGGAUCCUCGCUUUUUUUGUUUUUGCCUCUUGAGGAGGGAACGCUCCUUCCGUCCAGUCCACCACUAGGUAACUGGUAACUCUAUUUCCCCCUGUUUCAACGAAUCUUGACUUCGAGGUGUUCUCCUGAAUAAAAUAUAGAGUUUCAGAACUCUUAGCUAUAUUCCUAACCCUUAGUCCUCUUUCUUGUACAAAAAAAAAAAAA